UAAUACAAAAAUGGAAGCAGCAACUUUAGAAAUUGAAUGUCGUUUUCUUGGUGAUCAAAAAUUGCCUCUUGACAACAAAAUUGUCGUCAAAAAUAAUAAUUCAAAAUUAUUUAAUGGAAAAAUCCAUUCCCAAAUACCAAAAUUUCCGAUACUUCCAAAUGACUACGAAAUUAGAGAACUUUCAGAAGAAGAUUUUGAUCAAGGAUUUUUAGAAUUACUUGAACAAUUAACUACAACUUUGCCUAUUACACGCCAACAAUUUAUUGAAAGAUUACAUCAAAUGAGAAGUCAACAACCGAGGUGUUAUCAUAUUUUCGUCAUUAGGAAGAUAAGCACCUCCCGUAUCGUCGCAACCGCCGCUCUAGUUUGUGAACUAAAAUUUGUCCACAAUUGUGGGAUGCGUGGUCGCGUUGAAGACGUUGUUGUUGACAGUUCAGAACGUGGCAAACGCUUUGGACAAAUUCUUAAUGAAUAUAUUGUACAACUUGCUCAUCACAUGGGCGUUUACAAAUUAUCUCUUGAAUGUAAAGACCAUUUGAUUCCAUUCUAUCAAAAAUUUGGUUAUCGACAUGACGGCAAUAAUUUCCUGGUGCAACGCUUUAUAUAA